CUAAGAAAAAAAAUAAUUUCCGGAAUAUACAUUAAUUGGCGUGGCGUCGUGGUUAGCAUCAAAAGUAAACAAUUCAUGUAAUGGAUAAAGGAAUUAAAAUUGUUUGCUGUACUAACUUCUAUUAAAUCCCCUGAAUAAUGGGAAGACCUGAGUUCACCCCCCGUGGCGGCGGUGGCGGCAGGGGAGGAUUUGGCCGUGGACGAGGGGGUGAAGGCAGGGGAGGGUUUGGCCGAGGACGAGGGGGCGAAGGCAGGGGAGGGUUUGGCCGAGGGCGAGGGGGCGAAGGAAGGGGAGGGUUUGGCCGUGGGCGAGGGGGUGAAGGCAGAGGAGGGUUUGGUGGGAGGGGUGGUGGUGGUUUCGGCCGCAGCCCUGGGGGCCGUGGCGGAAGUUUUGGCCGCAGUCCUGGUGGCAGAGGAGGAUUCGGAAGAGGGGGUCGGGGAGGAGGUCGUGGCAGAGGAAGAGGCGGAGGUGGAGGCUUCGGGGGCGGUAAGAAUGUGGUAGUCGAGCCACAUCGUCAUGAGGGGGUCUUCAUUGGUAGAGGGAAAGAAGAUGUCUUGGUGACACUAAACAUGGUGACUGGAGAAUCUGUCUAUGGGGAGAAGAGGAUAAGUGUUGAGAACGACGGUAACAAGGUGGAGUACAGAGUUUGGAAUCCCUUCCGUUCCAAGCUGGCUGCAGCCAUCCUCGGUGGGGUGGACAAGAUACACAUCCAACCCGGGAAGAAGGUGUUGUACCUCGGGGCCGCAUCGGGGACGACGGUCUCUCACGUCUCCGACAUCUUGGGACCCGAGGGGCUGGUGUUCGCUGUGGAGUUCUCGCACCGGUCGGGCAGAGACCUGAUCAACAUGGCCAAGAAGCGGACGAACGUGGUCCCCAUCAUAGAGGACGCGAGACACCCUCACAAGUACCGCAUGCUGGUCCCGAUGGUCGACACCAUCUUCGCCGACGUCGCCCAGCCGGACCAGGCCCGCAUUGUCGCCAUCAAUGCCCAGUACUUCCUCAAGAAUGGGGGAAAUUUUGUUAUAUCCAUCAAGGCCAGCUGCAUCGACUCGACGGCCACCCCGGAGGCAGUGUUUGCCUCGGAGGUGAAGAAGCUGCAGGCGGACAAGCUGAAGCCCCAGGAGCAGAUCACGCUGGAGCCGUACGAGCGGGACCACGCCGUCGUCGUGGGCAUCUACAGGCCGCCCGCCAAGCCCAAGGGCAGCUAGUCGCUGCGAGGGUCUCCCCUCGUUCCGCACGCGACUCUCUCUUGUUCGUCCCCCUGGAGACAUACACGUACAUUUAACAGUGUUCACAUCGAGUAGAGCUUAGCAAAGUUACUGUUCCGUGACAUCCGGUCUAGUUUUGUAGUGUUCAACAGCAGCAAUCUGCUGUAUUGCUUUUAUUUUGUUGCUCAAUUUGAAAACUUGAAUUGUUAAAAAAAAAAAAAAAAAAAAAACCACAUGCUCUUCAAACUUGAUGCUCAUUGUGGGUGCUGAUAAUAGAUUUUUAUGUGAACAAAAA